AUGAAGCUGAUUUCUGGUGCUGUCGUCGAAGGUUGGAAAUGGGGCCAAGGUGGUGGACCUGAUAAAGAAUGGACUGAUACAGUUACUCAUUACAGCGUUGAAUUCAGCCCAGAUGGUCGGCUGUGGACAGUAGUCAAAGAUGAAUAUGGCCUUCCUAGGGUGAGUUAUCACUGCCACACUUCCUCAUCAGAGGGUUUUAUGAAGGUUGGCGCGAAGUGGAAGCAGGAGGAGCAAAUGUUUAUUCGGAGGCCCCAAAACGUCGACGGGGAGGGCAACGGAAAAGUCAAAAAACAGUAGGUUUAUUAAGCAAAACAAAAACUUUGCAAGUGCGUCACGCGGUUUGGCUAUUUCGUCGUCGUCACUGUUCAAUUACGACUUGAAAUGACCAGAUUUUAUAAAAUUCUUUUUGAGGACGUUCACGGUAAGGCGAUAAUUUUUAUUCUACCUUUCUGAGCUCUAUUGCGAUUCUUUGUCUUCAGCUCUAGCUUAAUUUUUCAAAUUUUAAGAAACUACGGAGGAAGGUUUUUCAGUGACGUUUUUUAUAAUGACAUCUCCGUUGGCAGAUCGUAAGGUUUCUUAUUAACAGAGAGAAGACUACAGAAAAAAGGUCGGUCUCUCGACGCUCAAAUAUCGCUUGUCAAAAACAACAGACUGUCAUACGUUUAGUCAUAUAUUCGUAUGUUUCCUUUUUGCAGCAUUUUCGAGUGGAGAGGGAACACAAAUCCGUGCGAAAAAAUUACUCCAAAGCUAAAGCUCGGUACCAGGCUUUCGACCCUUUUCUUCACGCUCGAUUUUUUCGGCUAAAGAUUCGCGCAUGGCGAGGUCAUCAGUGUCUCACUUUGGAGUUGUAUGGAUGCGACUCAUGUGAGUAUAACUUUUUAGAAAAAUAUUAAGUUAUCUAUCUCCCCGCUGUGAAAACCUGCAAACAUCGAGUUAUGAAUCAACUCGGGAGGUUGCUGAAUACGAAAGAAGCGUUUUUCCAUUUGCAGACCAUGUAAUGUUACCCCGGGGAACUGCUUUUUUUCAAUAGUCGCGCGAUCCACGUGCAUAAGCUUGCAUAACUAACUGGAUAGUGCUUCUGAUUGGUUGAAGCAAAUUUCCCAAACGGCAUGACUAAUCAGAAGCACUACCCAGAUCUGGGUAGUAACACGUCAUCAGUAUGGAAUUUCUGCACUCGUUUCUCGGAGGUCAUUUCGGGAGGAAACCGUUGGUGCCGUCGCGACAAGUCGGCUAUUGAGAAUAUCACGUUGUCUGAAUUAGGAAAAUAUAGCCUACAAGCUAAAUCAGUCUAUUGUAUAGAGCAACUCUAGCCUCUUGACUGCUUAGAAAACCUCCCAAACUAAUCCAUAAAUCGGUAGUUCCAUCGCUAAGGCUUUUACUAUUUCUUUUAUGACAUAACUAAAGAGAAAAACAUUUCAAUCUACCUACUGGAGUUAUGGAGAGGGGGCACGCGUGCGUCUUCAUUUACGCUCGAUAAAGAAGAACAAUAUUUGUCUUUGAUUUAGUUUGUGCGAUGUUUUUCAUGUCUUUUUUAACGAAAAUAGUUUGUGUCUUGCCUUCGGGUAUUUCUGGUUAUAUAAUGUAGUAUCAUGGGAGAGUUUGAUGUUAACCAUUUAGGUCUUCUUCCCAUGUGACAGUCAUGUUGAAUCAGGGCUGUCAACUCUUUCGGAUAAUCCGGGAGACUCCAGAUUUUGAACCGUUUCUCCCGGUCUCCUGGUUAGAGUCUGAAAUCUACCGAAUAAUCGUCGAAAUUUGCCAUUUCUUGAAGAAUCGACUUUCUGACAAUAUAACUUCAAAUACCUUGCGUUGUUUGAGCUAUUUUACUGUUAACAUCGAACGUUUCCUCACAAAUUUCGGUAUGCCAUUCUAAUACAAGCAACAAUGUUAUUGGUGCGAAGUAAGCCAAUUAGGUCAAAUGUUACAAUUCCAGUAACAUCUUUUUCGCGCGUUUUUUUUUUCACAAAUAACGUCAUGUGACGUGUGAGUUAUGACGUCAUUUAUCAUGGUUGACAGCCCUGGUUGAAUUCUUGAUACUGCAAUUAGCUUUAUAAGAGUAANCAAUUAGGUCAAAUGUUACAAUUCCAGUAACAUCUUUUUCGCGCGUUUUUUUUUUCACAAAUAACGUCAUGUGACGUGUGAGUUAUGACGUCAUUUAUCAUGGUUGACAGCCCUGGUUGAAUUCUUGAUACUGCAAUUAGCUUUAUAAGAGUAAAAUUUGUGUGACUGCAAUCCCUUAUUUUACUUUGAAUUUGUUUAUAUGUUCCGCAAGACUGGGCAAUGGAAAACAAGCAACUCAUACAAAGGCAGAAGAGGAUCAACAUUGGUGAGUUUGACCUUUUAUUGUGUUCAAUAUCUUCAUGCACAGCUAGCUAAUUCGCACUGGCCCACUGAAGACUGUUAUUCGAAGACGAUAUAUUUCAGGCUUUUUUGGAAGAACCUUUUUGCGGUUUUGCUAACCUUAUAUAAUUCUAGUAAGCAUGUGUGCAGUCAAAUAACUACAUUUUACCGUGUCUAAUCAACAUAAUGGUCACAUAAAACCCGAAAUUUGGACAGAUGCGUGCACUAUGAUACUUUCUUUUACAUCUGAAGAGUCCUAUUCAUACCCAAACGUCCCAUGCAACACGUUGGGCAACGUUGUCCAACAUAAACGCUGGAUAAUUAUCUAGCAGACUUUAAAGCUGCGAGCAAACGGACACAGAAUUUCCCAACAUUGUUGGCCAGCAGUGUUGCGUCCAUUUGCACGGGGCUUUAGAUAGUGAUCUUUUUCUUUUCACAUUUUUUGUCUUUUAACAGAGCAUUGUCAUUAUCUCCAGCCAAUAGAAGUGAAAUACUGGCAACUGACACCUGGUUCUGCCGUAAGUUAACCAUUAUUAAACAUGAAGAUAUUGAUGAUUUGUUUAGUUCUUCGCGCGUUGCCUACUUUUGCCUUACUUCACAAUGUACUCUACAGUAAACCAUAAACAUAACGUAAAGCAACUACGGUCAAACCUCCAUGCGCUACCACUUCUCGUAAGCGGCCACCUCCCAUAAGCGACCACACAUAUCCAAAGACCAAAAUGUUUUCAAUCAAAACCCCAGCUAUGAUUAGAACCUUUCGUAAGCAACCUCGUCUCUUACCCAACCACUUUUGAGUUGACCGUUUUUUCAUUUUUCCAUGAUUGUUUUAAGCCUCUUGUAGGCGACAAAGUUGACACAUUGUCUAACGAAUGUUUGCUCACUGAAUGUACUACGCUAUUCACACUAUAAAGAACGCUCCUCUUCAAGUAGUAGAUAUGGUGGGACCUCUUUUGGGAGGAGACCCCCUGUAAUUCGAUUCUCGUUAAUUAGACUGCCAGCAGUCUCUAUUUUUCUUCAGAUUUAGUGAGGGGUGUGCACAAGCGCGCUAGCAUCGAAGAAACGAGGGCAUCCCUCACCCGGUUUGGGUCACCUGCGGUAAAAGAAACAAAGGAGAUGUUCUUAUACAAGUUUCUAUGAUUGUGUGACUAAAAAGGUCUCUAGUCUUAAACAGGGUAGCGAUUGGUAAACGCACUUUCUUCGUCUUAAACAUGGUUAGGGUGUAAAGGUCUGGUCGGCAUAUCUCCACCCAAAGUUGCCUUUAUUGCCCCGCCCAGUUUGGGUGACAUCCUUUGUGGCAAUUUGUCGAACGACCUUUGUCACGCGGAGGUCACUUUGUCAGUCAGGAGAUUUAAAAAGCUUUGUUUAUGCACGGCUAGCUUCGUAGAGAGAACGAGGCUAGCCGUGCAAAAACAAAGCUUUUUAAAUCUCCUGAGACAAAAUGGCCUCCGCGUGACAAAGGUCUUUGCAUGAUUAGGCCUUUAAACAUCUACUACCAUGCAGGCUUCCACAAGAAAUUAUGGAAAAUGGGGACUCGGUUCAGAAAUGAAAUGGUGCGUGGCUAAAAACAGACCCAAAGAUUCAGGAUGGCUCGAGUUUGAUCUUCUCUAUCCGCGAUUCAUUUCAAGGAUAGUAGUUACCUCAACAAGUGUUCCUGAAAAAGAGGAACAAGACAUGGAUUUUAGCCAAAUAUAUGUAAGCCUGGAUGGAAGGGAAUGGAAAUCUUUUGGGGUAAGUUACUUUUUCUGUAUUCACCCCAUAAAAGGGUAUCCAAAUUCCGUAAUCGGAGCAAUUUUUGCUAGUGGAAUCCGAAAGACGAGAAAUUGAGUUGUUGAACCCGAAAUCCUGAGCUUUGGAAUCAGCAGGACAGCUCAAGGAAUCCAGAAUCCCGACUUCCACACAUAAAGAAUGCAGAAUCUAGUACCUGCAAUCCGGAAUCCACGGCGUGGAAUCCAGCAGAAAAUAAGGCUGUCUUCCAAUUGGAUUCCCUUACAUGGGACGAUCUGUAUUUUACCAGACAGUAGUAAGCUUAAGCAACGAGAGCGCUGACGUCCCGAAGGUCAUGAAUAGCAACCAGAAGUUGGAUGUCUCGCUUGAUGGAACACUUUGGUCGCACACAACCAAUCUGAAUGCCUUUGUUUUAACUCCCGCUGUACGGAAGAGAGGAAAUAUCAACUUCCGGUUGACAUGUUUGACGUCCGGGACGUCAACGUUCUCGUUGCUUAAGGUCCCGGAAGACGGCUUGCCUAGGGUUCCUUACUCAAAACUAUCUCGCAUGUCUUAAACGUAGAGACUUAAAGCCACCUCACCUCUUUCCAGGUUCAUAGAGCAGCCGUACAUUUUUUUAUAACUCGUCCGGUUUACUGCCAGGCUUCAGCUUGGGGUGAGGGUAUGCUCCCUUAAAUUUAAGCCAUAGGGGUAUGUCCCACCCAUAGGGAAAGAGUUUUGCGUCGUUUCGGUCUGAAAACGGGUUUAAACUUUGCCCAUUUUCUACUGCAAGUGAGUGUAGUUUUCGAGGGAACUACUGGAGUGUGUGACUAAAUUAGUAAGAAAGAAAGAGUAAUUUGCGAACUCGAAUUAAGUAUUCAAUGAAGUCUUUUUGUCACGUUCUAAUCUAAGUAACGAUGACAAACGGGUAUGGGUCUUAGAGGCCAUGUCUGAAAACAUGUGUGAAAAAUGACUGUUUGGUCUGAAAUAGGGUCAGGAUUUGGAGAAUCAGGUGGAACACCUGCACUAAGAAUUCCCAGGAGUACCCCCGUGCCUAUUCUUACAUACGUGAUCUGUCCGUCGCACUUAAAUCAAAAUUUCUGAGGUGUAAGUUUUAGGGUUUUUACUGAUUACCCGACAAUUGCAAGAAAAAAUAAUGGAAUGACAUGGGUGGUGAGGUCAGUUUGAGUUGCAAGAACCAGAAUUCGAGUUAUGCCAUGGACCAGUAUGGCUCAUCAAGGGGGGAGGGGAUAUAUCUAGUCGCUUCUUGCCUUAGAAAUCAGGAUAAGCUAUGCCCUGAUGGGCCCCUAGACGUGUAUGCAAACUUAGAUCCCGUUUGCAUACUGGUCUGCUCACAUUGUUACACUGAAAAGAACUUGCAAGGGUCCGCCUUUCGUUUACAGGGAACCCGCGGAACAAUGCAAGUUUUUGAACGGCAAAGUGUGCAAGUUUAAUUUCUUAUCUGAUCAGAAGAAGGUCAAAGUUUUUACCGGUACGGUUUCACGUUUACACGGACUCGUGUAAACACGUCAACCAUGGAAGUUUUUGCACAGUUUGCGCGGUAAAAGCCUGGAGCCUAUAGGAUAGCCACGCGCGUUCGAUUGAAAAAAGCCAUAGGAAUACUAACACUGUCAAAAUUUUUACGCAGUCGUGUUAACCGUACUGUAACAGAAUUUGCAGCGUAGUCCCGUGUAAAAGAGUUGCACAGGUAAAAAAUCCGUUCGUUUAAAAAUCCCGGACUCUGGUAAACAAGGUCUUAACCUCACAUUGUUAACAUUCCUUUUCAGAAAGGAAUUUCCUUGUCAUUGGAAGGAAUCUACUACCAUGAGCGCAUUGAUGCUGUCAGAUAUAUACGAAUUUUUACUCACCUGAUUUCUUACUUCUCUACCUGCGUACGAUUGCAGUUGUUUGGCUGCUCGGGUAAGCUGUAACUAUAUAAAUGAGUAAAUAAAUAAAUAAAUAAAUUUAAAUAAAAAGUAGUGCGGUAGGGAUGUUUUUAGUCGUUUUUUUGGCUCAGGAUUAUGCAGUGAGCAAGUUCCAUACAAGGUCUAUGUCACGGCGUUUUCACGUAUCCGUAAAUUAAAAAAAAAAACAUUUCAAAGCACUUUUUCCCCCGCAAUUUUUUUUUUAAAUUCCAUGCUUUUUACACACAUUACAAAAACAUAGAAACUUAAAAAUACAGAAGAAAUUCACUUAAUACAAAAGAAACAAAAUGAAUUAACAGGAUAUUGCGUAGAAUAAAUUUUUUCCUUUUGUUUUUUGGAAUCUGUUUAUAUUGGAUAUUUUUCCCGAGAAAAUGGACUCCCCGCCUUUGUCAGUGAGCGCAUUCGAAGUUCAAUGGAACCCCGCCUUAUGCACCUAUCAAUAUAAAUCCCGUGAGGGGGGAGUGCGGGCAAGGGGCGGGGAUUUGAUGCUUGAGACUAUACCCCUGUCGGGCUUUUGAUCGUGCGAAGCGACCCCGGGGUUGGGACAUUUGACUUUGACCGACAGAAGCCUGGUAUCAAUUCAGAAGCGGUUACCAAGUCCGUCCCUCGAGGCUUUCUGAAAGUCACCCUGUUGGAGAAGGGUAUGAAGUUAAUAAUGUCUAUUUUGAGAAAGGUUUUAUCUUCAAGUUCCCAUCUGAUUGUAUAACUCGAUUGAAAUCGAAUUCCACCAUGAAAGUCAGAGGAUUUUUUACGGGUCACUGAUCCGACCUGUUCCGACAUCUUGAGCAGAUGUUAUAAAGCAUUUUACGUUUCAUUAAUAUUAUAAUAGCACAGUCAAUCUUCCUGGAGUGAUUUUGUUGUUCAAAAUAGGAGAUGCUAGUGGAGAGAGAAAAUACUUAAUUACAGCGAGUAAUUUAACGGAGCUUACGUUAACCAAAAAGAAAAGCAUUAAGAACGUACUUUUGAAAUAUUCUUUUAAUUUGUUUUAUAUAGUGUCAUAGUAUUCUUUGUUUAGAUUUUUUCCCCUGGGGUGGGGGCUUUUUUGACCCUUUUGAUCAACCUUUCGUUUCCCCCCCUGGGGAAUUUGAUCAAAAAAUUUCAAAAUUUGUCAAAUCCCCACCCCUUGCCCGCACUUCACCCUCACGGGGUUUACAUUGAUACGUGCAUUACGACCAACCCGUUUAUACGACCACCGUGUUAAUACGACUAUAUUCUUUAAACCCAAAAGAAAAAAACAAGGAGUCAUUUAUUUUUUUUGAAGACCCCGUUAAUGUGAUCACCUAGUUAUUACGACCAGGAUUUUAUGGCCCAGCUGUGGUCGCCUUAACGGGGUUCCAGUUGAAGAGAUAUGAAAAAAUAAAACUUAACGUAAUUAAAAGAUAAAAAAAAACCCUUUUUUCAGGUCUAUAGGUCCGCUGACUGGUUUGUGAAACUUAAAAGAUAAUUUGCAUUCGAGCCAAAUUUGUUGUAAAAAUUAACUGAUUGCCGCGACACGCUAACAUGGCAGGCAUUCACUCUGAGUUAGUUGAAAUCUCAUUUAGAUACAUCGCAUACUAUGUUAGUUUUUUUUUUUUUUUUACAGGUUUUUAGUUAUUUUGAAUCGAUAGGGUUAUAUCCUUAUUUAGUCAUGACGAAGUCAUGAAUUAUUUUUCCUCGUAAGGACAUACCCUUGUUUAGACAUGACGAUGGCCUCAGUCGACUAAGAAUUUAAACUUCGGUUUUCAUUGGCUGAAUUAAUGCCGAGUAAGCGCCAGCCUCUCUGUCAUUGAUAUGCACGAGUUACGCAACUAAUAUCAGUGAAUCGGAUCCGGAACAAUGUUAGGGGCAAGAAAUUAAGGCCCCGUCCAUACGUAUCCUGAUAUUUUUAAAUCCGCAACUUUUUCUUUGCGGAUAAAGCUUCCGUUCACACAUAUCCGAUGAAUCCACGUACGAAUCCGCAACUUUUUGAACAGUGGAAAGUUUUUAAUACGCUAUGACUCCGGAAUCGUGUGGACGCUAAAUCCAGAUAUUUUUACCCGAUUGCGUAACAAGAUCGAGCCCAGUUCUUUACCGUGAAAGGUCAAGAUGCAAAUUUCGCGCGCUUUACGACGCAUGCUCUGUUGCCCAUAUUCCCAGAGGAGUCCUAGGUACGAGAAUGAAUCCGGAUACGUGUGGACGUGGAAAUUUUUGAAUCCGGGAAAUUGUUUGAAUUUAAGAAUUUCUGGUUAGAAUAUUGAUUAUUUCUGUUUGGCUCAGGCAGCUUCAGAACAUGGGCGUUGAAAGUGAAAUUCCUACCUUUCCAGCUGAUCUGGAUAUACUUUGUGACACGUCGUUCUUUACAAAGUCACUGAAAUUUAAUUGUCAAAAUGUUAAUUAUAAUUUCAUGUUUACACACGAAUGUUACCAACCGGAUGCUUGCAGAUCAGCGCCAGGCGUUUUUCGGAGAACUAGUAACAACAACAGUGUUAUACUCUCUCUUGUGUGAUCUUGAAACGUUUCUUUUUCUGAACGCCAUUUUACUGAUUUCAAACCCUUUGCCAUAAAUCUGAGGAACGAUCGGUUGGAAAGGAAAAUUUCAUAAGGGAAGCCAAAACUCGGCAUUUAUUUGAUUUUAAUACACAUCUGAUUCAUGGCACUGUUCUUAUUGGUGACGAGUUUAACAUAAAAAAACAUAAAUCUUAAAAAUGUAUCAUUUAUGUACAACAGUGACAAUGCACUAACAAGUUACGAACUGCAUUAUUAUACAGAUGAGGUGCAGUCGCUAGGGCUGUGGAAUGAUAAAGGUAGAGUCAAGUUUUCUGGAGUGACAUUGUUUCAACGUUCGUCGUCCGCCACACCUCAGCAAAUACGCCUCGUCAAGCCUGGACAAAGUCUGUCUUGUUUUCUGGUAUGUUUAUAAGAGGAUGAUUUUUUAUAGAUAAUAGAGAGAAUAGACCUUUUUACCGGUAGGGCGGCCAUAUUGAAUUAAUUCGAUUUGAGGAGUAUUAUAGGAUGCACAGGGGCUUGAGCACAUUUUGUUUGUAUUUUCGAGCGCUUUUCGGGACAUUUUUUCUUAAAGUUUUCUUACAGUAAGAUUGUAAUGGGGAAAAAGAUCCUUGUGCCGUGUUUGGAUGUAAUAAUGAUCGCCUUUCUCCCGAGAAAUAUACAGUGAAAGACCAUAUUUCUACUGAAUCUCUAUAAUAUCUUAGAAUCUUUUGUAGAUAGUCGCGGCACAUUUUUUUCUCAUUUUUUAUUAAGGCCUAAGCCCUAAGCCGAAGGCCCUAAAAUAGGUUACAUGAUUGUUUUUUGGGUCAGAUGUCUAAGUUAGGGUGCGUCAAACCAAUCAACUGAAUCAGAUCAGUAAUAAAUUUUCCCCCGAACGAGGCCAAAUAAACAUUAUCACACAAUUUUUAAAUUUAUUAGUUUAGUUUGUCACAUGUGAAGAUCAACGUGUGUCCUGGAGAAGUUCUUCAGACGUUCUUUUCGGACGGUCCAAACUAACUCGGACGAACCUAACUAAUAAAAAGUGUUAGCCAGAAGCCGAACUUUUAAUUUCCUGAACUUUACACACUUAGUUUGGUUCGUCUCAUGAAAAGUUCGACGUUUGGCCUAGGCCUAAGGCUCCCCUCAUGUCAAUGACAGAAUGGCGUUGCCCUUACAAACCUCAUACUCAGGGAUUUUCCCCUAGAAAGUAUGACGGGCGGAAAUACUGACUAUUGUUUAACUCAGUUGGAAGAGCGCCAGUCUACUGAACAAGAGAUCGAGAGUUCAAAUCCCGGCCGGACUCAAGAUCCUUAAAUAACUGAGAAGAAAGUGCUGCUUUUGUUAUGACAUCUGCAAACCGUUAGACUGUCUAGUCUUCUAGGAUAAGGAGGAAAAACCGUAGGUCCCGUCUCACAGCACUUUUACUCUUCUGAUUCUUAUGGGACGUAAAGGAACCCACAUCAUCGUUCAAAAAGAGUAGGGGACAUAGACCCGGUCAUGUGUCCAAACUUUCCUGGGCUGGGUGAGUUAUCUGUAAAAAGAUAUCUUAAUAGGGUGAUAACCUCAUNAGCCAGAAGCCGAACUUUUAAUUUCCUGAACUUUACACACUUAGUUUGGUUCGUCUCAUGAAAAGUUCGACGUUUGGCCUAGGCCUAAGGCUCCCCUCAUGUCAAUGACAGAAUGGCGUUGCCCUUACAAACCUCAUACUCAGGGAUUUUCCCCUAGGAAGUAUGACGGGCGGAAAUACUGACUAUUGUUUAGAUCAGUUGGAAGAGCGCCGGUCUACUGAACAAGAGAUCGAGAGUUCAAAUCCCGGCCGGACUCAAGAUCCUUAAAUAACUGAGAAGAAAGUGCUGCUUUUGUUAUGACAUCUGCAAACCGUUAGACUGUCUAGUCUUCUAGGAUAAGGAGGAAAAACCGUAGGUCCCGUCUCACAGCACUUUUACUCUUCUGAUUCUUAUGGGACGUAAAGGAACCCACAUCAUCGUUCAAAAAGAGUAGGGGACAUAGACCCGGUCAUGUGUCCAAACUUUCCUGGGCUGGGUGAGUUAUCUGUAAAAAGAUAUCUUAAUAGGGUGAUAACCUCAUGAUCCUCCUUCAGGAGUAGUAAUGGCUACCAGUUAACAGUGUAUAUGUAUGAGUAGUAAUGGCUACCUUUAUGUACCUUAUGUGUGUGUGUAUUAAUAAUCAAAGUUGCUUUCAAGCAAGUCUUUUAUCAUAUGGCUACAAUAUUACGCGCGCUCUGAUUGGCUGCUAAGCAGGCAUUAUGCCAAGGCAUAUACAAUUUGUGUUUAACUUGAUGUUGGACAUCCUUGUGAACUUCCAUGUUAUGGUCAAUUGACAGCUGUCAGAAAGAGUAUCCGCUAAGCAUUGUCACAUGACUGUAUCGUGGGCUCAAGUGUACAACUCAUUGAGAUGAUGUGUCUUUAAAGUUAUCCGCUUACUUGUUAUUGGUUUAAAUUGAUCGCAGGCUCAGUUCCACGAAAAUAAGGCCAUAAAAUAAAUAACUUAUUGUGACGCUACUUACAGUUAAUAAGUUGUAUAUAAUUUUUUACAGAAUCAUGACAAUGUUAGGUGGAUUGAGAUUGACAUGCGCAAAGUUUUUGCCGUCACACGGAUUAUUUUUCUUGGAGCAAAGUCAGAUGAGAGAGGAAAGGAAUGCCUUAAAAGCAAGUCUGCCAAGCUAGUGAACAUUCAUUACUCCAUCGAUGGUCGAAUAUGGAGCCUAUUUGGAACAUACAACCAAUUAUCCGGGGAUAAGUCAAACAUGGUAAAAUUGUAGACAUUAAAUUUUUAACUCAUCUCAGUGUGAUUAAUUUGAAAUUUGUUUAAACAGUUGUUAAAAAUGAGGGUUACUAAUUAUAAGCUGUGUGCAAAUUCAUAAGGAAAUCUGAAUGGUUUUUUGCCUGGACCCACUAAAUCCGAAAUUUUACAACAAUUACUGCAUAUUCCCGCAGUAUAUACUCGCACGGCUUAUUUUUCGGCAGUCUUUUAGCUCAUUUUUGAGACAGAAUCCAUUAAGAAAAUGAGAAAUUUAUAUAUUUUCAGCGGGCAAAAACCUUGUUCCUGAAUAAUUUACAAUUAAAGCAUAUUGGAUUCUUCUUUACACUCUCCAAGGGCUAUAGAUUUAAUAAGUUAUAUGUAACAACACAAAAAUAAUUCUGAUGGGAGCCCGAACAAACAAAUUUCAGAAGCUUCAAAUUCUUAUGCAAGAAAGUUUACGUGUGUUUUCUCAAUUGCUGUGAAAUUUGAAAGUUAUUUUUCUCGGGCUCCCAAUAAGAAAUUGUCUACAGCCAACUUAGUAUCUAUAGAUAGCUAUUUUUGUCGAAUUAGUAUAAAAGAGAAUGCGAUAUGGCUUAAAAUAUCCUGGUGCAAGGUUAUAAUUUUUGUAUACUGAAAAUUAAAAUUACUCAAUUUCCUGGUCGAUUCCGUCAGCUAAUAACUAACAACUGUUUUGUUUGAAACUGUUGUGUUUAGGGUCUUAAUAUACACUUCGAAGAAAAGUACGGGCCCGGGUGUUUUGCGAUGUUGGAUAUAAUGCCUACGAUAUACGCCAGACAUAUCCAUUUCUAUCAGAGGGCAAGACCAAAGACGUCUGGGGUAACUGAAUGCCUAGCUUUAGACAUAUUUGGAAAUGAACCAGGUAAUUUUUUCCGAGAUUUGGAAUUUUGUAUACUAAAUGUAAACACAAUGACUCUUUAUAAAUUUAAACUUACUUAAGACAUGCAAACACAUUUAAACGAACCAAUGAUAUCAUACAAACUGACAAAACAAACACUACCUAUCGCUAUUUACAAACUCAAAAAGUGCUAAACUGACAUGAUUGACUUCAGGUUUCAACUGCUCUAUAGGAAAGAUCUUUCUAUAUAUUUUAAGUCGAUAAUAAAUAAAGAAGAACUGGUGGCCUUGCUGUUUUUACAAUAUUGCUAUAUUUCAGAAUUGGCGAAAAUCUUUUACACAUGACAUGACAUCUUUUGCACAUGACAAAUGGUCCUCGAAGUUAGAGAAAAUAUUUAUUAACUGUAGAUGAUGAUCGAUCCGCACUGAGUAAAUAGAUUUCUUGUGAUUUUGCCUGUGUUGUUAGGAAAUCCCCGGCCAUAUUACGGAAGAAGAAAACCAGGUACUUGAAAUUUUUUCUUGCUAUUUCAUUGUCACUCGUCCUUGGCUAGUUGAGCACACACGUCUUAUACUACCCAAUGGUAUAUAUGGGCAUAAUUCAGCCUAGUCCCUAGGCGGUAUAGGUUCCGUCAAGGGUACGUCAAUCCUAGACUAGACCCUACUAAGAGCUGUGACGUCACCUUGAGAGACUCGCCGAGGUUCUCUCUCCCACCCUUUCCCAGACUUAGCUCGGGCAACGGGUAAAGAGAAAACGCCUAAGGACGAGGCUGUGGAUAACUGUUUUGUGAAUCCUCACGUAAAUCAACAUCAACAUCAUCAUCGCCUUCACGUCAUCAUCAUCAUCAACAUCAUUAUCACCAAUAUCGCUUUCACAUCAUCAUCGUCAUCAUCAUCAUCGCCUUCACAUCAUCAUCAUAACCAUCAUCAUCAUCAACAUCAUCAUCACCAGUAUCGGUUCACAUCAUCAUCGUCAUCAUCGUCAUUAUUAACAUUAUCAUCACCAAUAUCGCAUUCACAUCAUCGUCGUCUUCGUGAAUAUCAUGAUUAUCAUCAUCAUCUUCAAAAUCAUUUUUAUUAUCGUCAUCACCAUAAUCAUCAUCGUCGUCAUCAUCACGUCAUGACUUUUUGUGUCUUUUCUCAGGUUGCAAUUCUCCACUUGGAAUGGAAUCUAAGAAAAUUAAAGACUCACAAAUCAAAGUUUCGACAUUUAGUACCUCAAGAUUUGAUACGAGGGCCACCAAUGCUCGCCUUAACAGCAAUGGGGGAUGGUGUGUGAAAACAAUGCUCACUUUCUCAAAAAAGGAGAAAAAGUUUCAUAUACCUAAUGAGUACUUAGGUAAGUAAACGCUGGAAAACAUCAAAAGCCAGUCAAUAAUUUUAGAAAAUUAAGGUGGCCGCUAUUGAAAAUGACCGACAGCGGUUUACUUUCGAAUUGUUUUCAGUGUUUUGACUCCGACACAAACCUGAAACUAUAUUGCUGUCGUCGUUUUAGUAUCUUAAACUUCUAAACGAUUUGCUAGUUAUAUUAUCUUCCAUUGGAACGGAAUGAGACAAACACUGAUGACUGAUCAGGAAAAAAUUCCUAAUAAAGAAUUUUUGAUAAAGAAAUUCUUUGACUAAAAAACAUUUUCGAAAUGUUCGGUCCAGUGAGCAGCUUAACUGACAAAUAUGACAUACAAUAAGACGACAUAUUUGAAUGAUAAAUGAUCGAAACUCUCCACACGCCGCACAUCACUGUUCACCUUACUGCUUAAUCGUGUCUAUAACCUAAAUGUCAGUUUCCGCGCAGGUUUUCGCUACGUUUUUCAAGGAGGUCAUUCUCGACCCCAGUGCUUACGGGUUUGGGAAUACGCGCGUAAGCUCUGGGAAACUCUGCGCCGGAGUAGCCAAAAUCUGGCUAUUAGAGCCUCACGGCGCAUGCUCUUUGAUCCAACCAAAACUUUUUGCUUCUUUUAUAUCUGCUUCAUAGCGAAAGUCUUGUGCUGCUUCGGUAUUAGAACUGAAGAAAUUCAGUUAACGGCCUUGAAGAAUUUUCAGGUAUCCAAAGCUCUUGUGGUAACUGCUGAGAAAAUACCGUUAAACGUUCCCAAUCACAGAUUUGAGACUUGAAGUUUGCAUAUGCUUGACAGUUAAUUUUAAAAAUAUUUCUGUGGACUACUUCGAAUUCACGAGGCGGUAAGUGAAACCCGAAUGGCUUGUUGAGAUAAACGUAUGUCGAAAUUCCAAUAAAACUUUCCAAAAUAUAAAUGUAGCGUCCUUUUAUUUAUGUUUUUUCAAUUCUGCCUAAUUAGUCUUGCAAAUGUUGUUUUGGAAUCGCUGAAAUCAAGAAUUGGCCGGUCGUGUUUACUUCAACAUUUCCGGGAAAAACCCGCUCACACGCCAGACACGCCGCACGUUCAACCUCUCUCGUGCAAACAUGAAUGCACCAAUCAGAAACACUUUUAUUGUUUUUUGCUGAAACCAGUCAGAGACAAUCUUGCUCCUGGGUUCCUCAGAGCUCGUGAUCUCUCUCUUCCACAUGCCCAGAAGAGCUCUGGGUCGAGAUUGCAAAGAGGUUUAAUACUACGAUCUGAUACCCUCUUAAAUAAACCGUGUGACGUUAAGCAACUUUAACGCAAACAGCUUUCCUAACAAGAAAGAAAAAAAUUGUUUAGUUUGGUCAUUUGCGUAAUAAAUUUCAUUUUGCUUGUAAGAAUGCGGCCUGUCUGCUGCAUCUUUUUAUCGACGACGCUGACCUUUCAUGUUGUAUUUUGACAACUCAAAUUCCCAAACUUAUCAAACCUUCGUCAGGAAUGGCCACCUUUUUCUUUUCCUCUGACUAUCCUCAGAAAUCGAUCUGCUCUCGGAGAAGUUCAUCGAUGGAUUUGCAACUCAAGGUCACUCAAGCUAUAGCAAUGGACGCUGGGUCACUGGAUAUGUGGUGCAUUACAGUCUCAAUGGGUUUUCAUGGGAUGUUAUCAGUGCCGAGGAACGCGAACGAGUAAGUGGUUUCAUUCUGUACUAGAGCUGAGUCACCUAAGUGAUAACAUAGCUCGAUCCAUUCCUUGCCAAACUUGUUACUCAAUAGGCCCUUUACAACUUGGGGUCACGUGACCUGUGUCAUGCCAGUAGUACGGGAUAGACCCCACAAAUUCAAUACACUGAAAGAAGAUAAAGCGAAUAGUGGGUCCGUCAUUUACUUUUUUAAAAAAAGUUUCAAACUCAUAACAGUGCGAUCUUAUAGUGGUUUAAAAUGACUGAGUAAAUACUUAAAGUAGCACCAGUUCUCAGGCAAGGCUUUUUCCCUAAAAAAAGGUUGGGGGGGAGGGGGGUGGAGGGCUUUUAGCAGUGCUUAUACAUUUUUUAACUUAUACCAAUAAUUACAUAGGCUAGUUUUUGUGUAUUAUGCUCAUUUGAGCAAAAAAUUGAGAAAUUAUGAUUCUAUCUUUUACUUUAAAUCUGGCAAACACCUACACAGCUAUGCAACAAUCAAGUAAAUGGUAAAGAUAUUUACCCUAUUUGCAACUAGAAACGUCACUAGAGCAUAAUUCAUUAUAAAUCCCUCUCUAUUAUCACUGUAUGCAUUCGUUGUUGAGGACGCCAUUUUGGGUAACCGUGCAAGUUAUGCGCAUGCGUUUAAGUCCUGUGGAAAGAGUUCUGGGUCCCCUCCUGUGGGACCCUAGCCUGCGAACAGCAGACGCAUUCCAGGUCGUCGCUUCUCUCCCUCCGAAAAUUCGGAGGGAGAGAAGCGACGACCGAAAAUGCGUCUGCUGUUCGCAGGCUAGUGGGACCCAGGUCCCCCAGUAUAAAUGUGACAAUAAGCAGACAAAAAAUUGAUUUUGUAUUUGCCUGUAACACUUAUUUCGGGCCAAAAACAUUGGUUGCAUGUGAUCAAUAAAUGAAAAUUUCUGGUCUAGCAGAGCUUUUUUUUCCGAAAAUAGACAAAAAUUGUGCUCGUAAUGACGAGUUAUGACAAAAAAUAUGCUAGCAUAAUCUAUCAAAGGCCAUGUAUCCCCCCUUUUUUUGCGUUAAGCAGGUCACGUGACUGCGAGCUGCAAAGAACCUAUCGAUAGCAGAUGGAAGCUCCGGUGUAUUAUAGGUUCCUGUUUCCAUUUAAAAGUGGAAACAACUGUGAAACAGAUUAAAUAUCAUCGUCUCGUCUGUCAAUAGAAUUACCAGAUAUUUCAUUGAGUCUUGUUUCUUAUAGUCAACUCGCGCCUUGUGGACACCCCGCUAUAACGGAGACCCCUAAAAACGGACAGCAUAGCUAAAUUCCUGGCAAAAAUAAAUUACUGAAAUUAACGUCCGCUAUUAAGAACUCUCGCUAAUGAGGACACCAACUCGAGGUCCUUACGGUGUCCUCUAUCCUCCUCUUUGGAGGUUAGUGUAAGAGGAAGAAGUCUUAAAUUGGACUAACCUCAGAUUGUUUGAUAAUGUCAAGGAGUACUUACCACUCGCCUUCGGAUUUGGAAACACACUCCGCGAUAGAGUGCUUCAGGUUUAGGUUUUGUAGCAUUUUUCCAUCUUAAGAUGCAAACCCUCCUUAGUUGUUCGUGUUUUUUUUUUUUGUGCCUUAUGAGGCGUUUUAACAUUAAAUAUUAAAUAAAUUAAGAACAAUAGAUAAAAGAAUGAAUAAUAGGAAAUUGUAGACCAAAAUAUAAUUUUUGUUUUUCUUUUAGUAUUUCGUAGCUAACAAAAAUAGAAGAGACACCGUUCGUCAGUAUUUAAAUCCCCGAAUUCGCGCUCGUUUCGUAAGAUUUGUUCCCGUCGCGUGGCACAACUGGAUCUGUAUGAGGGCAGAAAUUUACGGUUGCGAUGCCGGUAAGUCAGAAAAUUUCCCAAUCUUUACAAGGCACUAGCACCAACUUCACGCCAAAGAAAAAUGGAUAGACUGCAAGUUAGAGCAUAUUUGAAGCUUGGUUUUGUCGCCGGAUGGCACAGUGUGCCCCUGAAUGUUAGGCUUAGUUAAUUAAAUAAAGAACACUCAAAUGUAAUGAAAAUUCCAAUUUCUUGACAGCCAUAGUCGAUAAACGUUCGAGAAACACUUCCUUUUCACCUCCCUUUAAGCCAGCUGGCAUUUCAAGAACUUCUUGUAUAUAAUUUUUUUGGAUGAUGGAGAAUUCUUAUAGCUUCAGGUGAGAACCGAUCCCACGUCCUUCCGAGUUCUUGUUCAGACGCACCAACCACUGAGCUACUGAAGCCUCUAUGGCGAGCAUCUAAUUAUAAAUAGCGUACAAGACCAAGACUGUACAAUAUAUUUUAGAAAGAGGAGAAUUCUUAUACCAGAAAGCUCAGAAAAAAAUUCCGAGCUCUAGGUGAGAAUCGAACUCACGACUCUCUGAGUGUAUAAUCUCUAUGAUAAUGACAUCUGUUCUUUAAUUUGUUGACUUUUCAUACUAGAGGAAGCAUAUCAACAGGUGCAUAUUAAUCAGUUAUAUUAUGACGUAAAGAGUUAAACAGGUAAGUACCAAAAUUUUAAUUCAACUCAUGCAUAUUUCUCUUUUACUCCUUUUUUCUUGUAUUGUAGGUGAAUCAUUACAAGAUAAACUCGAGAAGAAACUUCUUGGUAAGAACAAGAAUAAGAGGAGAACUUUGCUUGGUAUUUUGCCAAUCAUUAGUCUUUUUAACUGCUAGUUCGUCCGUUGAUCAAUCCUAUGCCCCUAUUUGUGACUUUUUUGUGAUCGCGUGGCAGCAACUAAACUUUAUAAUAUCCCACGCCGAUGACAACUGGAAAAUUUUUUUUCAAUUGUCCGCUCAAAACAGUUAUUACUUCUGGAGAUUUUGUAACUUCAGGAGGUCUUUUAUGAGUCAUGAGUCAAUGCGUCAUGCGUUAGGUCCUGCCUAGUCUCUAAGCCUCAUUAUUACACGCGGCCAAUGUGACUCGUGUCACGUGGUCCAAACGAAAAAAGUGAGCCUCGGAUAAGUAACAAAGUGAAUUGGCCGAGAAGGCCUGGGGAAAAGUCGUGCACAGACUAGGGAAAGUUAGGUCGGGGUUAGGUUUAGGGGUUAAGAAUGGGUAACUUGGGAUGGGGUUAUAGUUAGAAUUAGAGUUAAGGUUAAGGUUGACCAUUGUUCAUUGACCUUAUUACACUAAAUUGACUUGUUUUCAAGCUGUGAAUACAACUAAUACUCGUUUUGUUCUCGUAUUAGAGAUAAACAAAGAACGCUUACAGCUUAGUAUGGUCGUACCUGGAUUAUUGCGCAAUAAAUACCGCGACGAAUUUAACCUUUUUUACGGAAGGACGAUAGUUGGAUGUGGAACACCAGAUAGAGAACCUUGGUGGGGAAACUAUAGAUACCUCGCGUAAGUGCAACGUAAAUGAAACCCAGCCUUACAAAACGGUAAACUGAACUCGAUGACAUGACACCUGGCAAUUAUUCUUCCAAUUAAACUUAAUUACUAAUUGUUUGAAUUGAAUAGCCUUUCAAUAAUUGUUCGACAACAAACAGCUAAUUUCUGAUGUCUUUGUUUCCAAAGUGGUUUUGCUGGGAAGAUGCAACCUUGUUCCCCGAGGUUGCCUGUUAAAAAUUAUAACUGAGUGAGAGUUUGGGAAUGUGGUAUUGUAUACUUUUAUCCAAUUACUUUUUUAUAAGUUUUGUAGUUAAAAGAAAAUCGUUGUACUGUUAAAAGAUUGAAAUUCUCUCACUCACUGACCAAUAUCAACUUUUUCAUCGAUAUCAGUUUUAUUGAUCGUUCAUGCUUCGAUAGUACAGUAUAGUUACCUGUGAGAAUAUGGAUGAUAAGGAGAAAACAGAACGCUUAGAAUUGUUUCCUGCACUCAAAUCGUCUCAAUUCCCAUAAGAUCUUUUCUUGUUCACGUAUUAUGAGCCUUGCAAAUGUAUUUUUUUAAACUUGAAAUACAUAUUCUUGGAAAAUCUUGGCUAGCUAAAGAUAUCACAAGUAAUUUUGUAACGUAACGCUGUGCGGCCGCCAUCUUUGGAUCCGCGCAUUGCAUGUCAAUAUCCCAUGGGUCGUUAUUCAACACUUUAGAAAGAAGAAUACUAGAUUAAAUGCAAUACUCAUUAACUUUAAAUACAUACCCUGUUUGGGAAAACCCUCUAUUUUAUUACCCUGUUUAGGACAAAGGACAAAAUUCACACCGUCUUCUUUUAAAGCCAUUUAUUGCGUUUUUCUACUUGGAAAUAAAAUUCAUCUAGCAAAUCAAAUCAAUCGUACUGGCAAUACCCUGUUGACAGACUCACUCGAAGUUAUAUACCCUGUUUAGGACAGGGAGGUCAAGAACCAUAUCAUAAUCAGCCUCACAUCCCGGUAUUACCAUAUAAGGGUGUUGGCUUAGGGGAGGGGUAAGUUGGCAGUUUCCCAGAAACGUUUAAUGGGAUGUUUUUAACUACUAAGUGCCUUGCGCAUUGGGUAACGUGUCACUGUAGCGUUAUAACAACAAAAAUAGGUUAUGGUUAAAUUUCAAAUGUUAAGCACUAAGUUCUUCUUUUAUGAAAGUGUUUGUUGUGAUAAUGUGAUUCAAAUGCUUGAAAAUUUGCAGCCACCUCCUGGAUCAUGAGAAAACAUUUUGGGUACAGCAAGCAUUCAACAAUGAGUUUAACGCUUCUGGAUAUUGGCUGCUCUUUCUGCAUGAGCUACGGGUUCUUAAAACAAAAUCUGCAAAGCAUUUUGUUUGUAAAGGAAUAAUGAAAGAUGGCACAGAACUAUAUCGACAUCAUGUUAUUGCCUCCAAAAUCGGUAUGUCACCAAGGAAUCGAUUAGCUUAUCCAAGCCUUUAAAGAUUACAUAAUGUAAUAUAGUUGAUCAUAAUAAGUAUGUUAUUAUCACCACCAUUACAGAUAAUGUUACCACAUUUUUAUCUAUAUAACAGGCGCUUGGAAGUAGUGGGCGCAAGAAAGAAUCUCGCGUGUCUCCCUCUCGCGCGCCCGUUCUUUCUUGCGCCAUUAGGGUAUAAUGCUUAUGAGAGAGGGCUAAUCAGUUCAUAGUGGUAUUAGUGUUAUAGUUUUCUUUUUAUUACCUUUUAUGACCGUAUAUGCUCUUUUAAACGAGUUUCUAUAAGGUUCUUAGUGCUACGUGGGUAACAGAUCAUAGACUUUGUCAGGAGCCCAUAACUCUUAGCGGUCGUUUAUUUUAAGGUCUAUUUUAGAGCACUUUUUCUCGCGUAAAUGGAAGUUCUCCGCUUUUCCUAUGAGCGUAUUUGAAGUAUAAGAUAUCAAACAGGUAAACUGGACGUCAUUAAAAGGUAAACUAAAAAGAUAUACUAUUUUUAGGUUUGUAAGACUUGCUGAUUGGUUUUUGAUACUCUAAUCGUUCGUUCUAAAAAAACUGAUCGGUGAACACGCCGUGAUACGGGUACAUGAAAGUUGCUCACUUGGGUUAAGGACUCCUAGCCGGUUAUUGUAUUUUAUUAAAUAACAGGGAAAAGGCUAGAAGGUGGUUUAAUAGUGAGUACAUCUAUUAAUUAAACUUUUAAUCAUUCUGCCAAAGCGUUUUUCUCCGGAUCGAUUUGUAAUUUAAAAAACUUAGGUACUAGAAAUUGAACAUUGAAUUAACUCACUGAGGUUUUUUUUCCAAUCAAACGAUAAAAAGGUCGAUUUUCAGUCUGAAACCUUCGACCAUGUUCAGAUUUAAUAUUGCCAAAAAAAGUAAGUAAAUAAAUAAAUAAAUAAAUAAAUAAAUAAAUUUUUACAGAUUUACACAAAGGUACCCCAAGCUCACGAGUGACAAUCGUUGUUGCGUAACAGAAAUAUUUAAAGAGUUUGUAUGGAAAUUUUAGGGGUUAAAAAUAGUAAUAGCGAGUUUUAGAUCUGCCCUUGUUCGUUAGAUAUAUAUAUAACGAAUCGAACAACAGCAGAACUAAACUUCGCUGGAAUCGCCCUAAAACGGCCAAAAAUUCUAAGAAAACACCAUAAAUUUAGACAAGGACACAAGGUUUAGAAAUUCUGAUACAUCUUAUUACUUUUUUUGACCCCUAAAUGACGGUCGCUUAAAUCGCUAUACAAACUCUUAUGUUAUUUCUGUAACGCAACAACGAUUCUCACUCGUGAGCUUGGGGUACCUGUGAUCUAUGGGGUACCUUUGAUCUAUGGCAUGAUGUUAGCUUGUCUUAUGAACUUGAAUAAAUGGAUUUUUGCCCACUUUUUAGGAUUUGAAGCACCCGAUAGAUGGGACCCUGGAAACCCGAUUUAUGGCGAGCCAGUUUGGAACACGUUAUUUGGUAUGAAAAUAUUUUCUUUCACUUCCGCACUUGACAUGAUGUGAAUAUUUUUAGGGCUUGUUUAUUUGGAGGUGGCGUACCCCAGCUAGGUGAGGUAACCCGCGACGGGUCACCCACUUAACAUGAAAACGUGAUCAAAUAAAAAUGAGACAUUAUAUGAACAGGAGGGUUACCCCACCUAAGUGAGUCACCUCACCUACCUGGGUCCGCCAACUCCCUGUAAACAGGCCCUUUCUGGACGAACAAUUCCUUCUAUAGUGCAAACUUAAUGAAGCAAAAAAAAAAGCGUCAAUUAACGUAAGAAAAGAGUCCAAUUUCCACCGCAUUGGUUUGGAACUCCAACAUGGCCGACGUGACGUUAUGCGUUAAACGCUCUAUAAAGCUUGCCUACUCUGAAUUGCGCAUGCGUACGUCAUAUCGUGUAGCAGGCGAUGAAAUUCUCCAGGUCCAAUUUUAUAGCUUUUAAUUUAGAAUAUAUUGUAUUUACUACAUAUUCUAUUGUAUCUUAUAAAUCAACAUUACCAGGGCUUUCAUUAAUUUCAUUAAUCGUUUUUGUUCAUGUGUGUGUGUCCGUGGUGUGUGCUUUGUUGAAGGGAAUGCUUAUAUUGAGGUAAUUUGUUUGUUUUAUUAAAACUUACGAUGUAUAAUGACGUUUUCCAGGUUCUUUUACAACUUAUACGAACAAAAUGAACAGCUAUGUAAUUGUUUUUAGGAAACGCGCUUCAAUGUGAAUUCCACUGCGCGUGGAUUGCAAAAGAGCCUGUGCGAACAGUCAAACCAAAGGUCUGGAGCGAGACUGGGGAGAGACACUAACAAUACGUUUUCUUUUUCUCUCGUGCGAGGCUCGCACGUGAGACUCUGUCGCUACGUUAAAACGAUUUCGAGAAAAACCUUUGUUUUGCAGUCUGCACUGCGCGCUGCUUUAAAACUUGGCCAUUUGCAGUAGGUCACCUGGUUAAAUUCCUGUAAAUUUUCGCUGAAUCUUUCCCUUACGUAUUACAGGGCUCACAAAAAUUGUCUGUCACGAACAAAAGGAAAUUUGAGUGCCGUUAUGUGUAUGGAAAAAUUUGACUACAGUUUGAAAAUUUCAUAAUUUGCAAGGAUUUCGAAAACUUCUCAACCGUGACAGGAUGGCAAAAGUUGCCAGCAGGAGCCCAUUUUAUGGGCUCCAGUUGCCAGUGCUUCUCCCAUGAAUCCUUCCAAUUUUCGGGGCAGUUGCAAUCGCUACUAUCGAAAUAUAGGGCCGAAAAUUUGCAGGUUACCUACUUUUAACAUGUUCUAUCCGAUUCUGCCAACAUUUUUUCAAAGCGAAAGUUGAUCACGUGACCAAACCUUUGCAAACGCCCGGGGAAAUACUUCCGAAUUUCAAUUGAUGGGAUGAUCGAAGGUUUUUGUUGGGGGGUCUAAAAUUUUCGAUUCCGGGAUUUUUUUGGGUAGGAAAAUUUGGCAAGUAUUUUUUGGGUGGCUCAAUUUAAGUAUGGAUUUUUUGGGGAUAUUCAGAACAAUGUGAAGAUUCGUGGUAUUACCGCGCUCUUUCUUAAUUUACGAUUAACGAAUCAUAUCUCAUUAUUGAAUAACUUGCGUGACAGCGGACAGUGUACUGUCAUGUUAGAAUAAUGUCGCUUGAUUAUUAUUAUUAUUAUUUCUUUUUCUUUUCGUUCUUAUUUUACGUACCUUUUGCGACACUGUUUAUAAUUAUAGUCAUGCAGAUAUGCAAAUAAAGGUUAUUGUUCUUGUUGCGUAGCUCUGCGAAUAUGGUUCUACCACAGGUAACCCAGGCUCUGUGAUAGUACCACAGUACCAAUCUCGUCCCCAGGGCUUUUCCCUCAAAAAAUGCCACAGUACGGUCCAGUAAAAUUACAGUGUUUGUAUGGGGUAAAAAUAUCAUCCUAAAAUUUCUAGGAAAUACUAAAUAAAGAUAAAUAAAACUUACUCUGCAGUUAAUUCUUGUUGUCCUUAUUGCUCCAAGGAAGUUUCGUGAUAAUUUGCAGUAAUUUGUUCAGAUUCACUCUAUCUACAAUAAUAAUAUACAAGGUAGGAAACACGAGAUGCCAUUUUCGCCGACAUGCUCUCAUUCAACACAACUUUUUCCACGAAACUCCAACGGAAAAUAAACAUGCCAGGAUCGUAGAAAUAGGAUAGCAGCAGAUAUAGAAACCAAUGAAGCUUUCCCAGAUAAAGAAACGAAUCCCACAGACUUUGACAAACUCGAAGGAUAUAAUCCAAACAGACCGAGAAUAUGCUUGCCGAAGCAGCCGGGCCAGAUCAAUUAACGUGCGGCCAAGAAAAUGAGGCCUGAGCACUGUACAAAAAAAAUUCCAUCCCGGGAGUCUUGGGGUGACCUUUCUGGGGACCGAUACAUCAUUUGCCUAAAGCCACCUUCCCCUGCUGAAAAAAUACUUGAUAGAAGGAAAUUGUUCUUCCUAGCCAAUCACAAUUCGCCAGAGCAAACCCCGCACACGCGCCUAAAUUUAAAUGGCCAAAGAGAAUAAAUAAAACCAGGAUAGUCUGCCGAGUUACAAGGCGCCCCAUUUCUUUUACUAAGGAAUGCAAAUAACAGCAAUGAAACUAAUGAAACAACAACGCGAAAUACUUACAAGGCGGGCUAAAAACAAGGUUGAACAAAGGUAGAUGAUAACUGAGAUACUGUUGCUGUGAACUCUCGAGCGAAACUAUCGUAAAUAAACGGUGAAGCUUACAAAAAAAUGUCAAAAAUUAUACAGAAAAUUGCGACAGAAUAUGAAUUGCGAUAACUGAGACGAAUGUGACAGGCAUGUGCACCAGUAAACAAAAAACUAGCGGGAUUAACAUAUUUAGCGAUUAAUGCGGCCGUAACACGCCGACUUCUUGUCAAUACAACUGAACGUUCUAUCAGUUAAAUAUGUGAACCACCGUGACACGUCUCUUUGAAUUUCGUCUUGUUGUACAAAUGCCGCGGUAAGAGCCAAAAUUCACUUAUAUCUUUCGCUCGUUUUAAGUUUUGUAAAUCCUCCUUCGUUGUUAUUUCUUUUAAACUUAUAACCUUGUUCCAUUGAUGUUUGAUAGGCUUUCUGAGGACCAGCGCCAGGUGCUGAAUAUAGUUCGAGAGGGACAUAACAUCUUUAUGACAGGCCAGGGUGGUACGGCUAGGAAGAACAAUUGCCUUCUAUCAAGUAUUUUUUCAGCAGGGGAGGGUGGCUUUGGGCAAAUAAUGUAUCAGUCCCCAUAAGGUCACCUCAGGAAUCCCGGGAUGGAAUUUUUUGGUACAGUGUCCAGGCCUCAUUUUCUUGGCCGCGCGUUGAUCUGGCCCGGCUGCUUCGGCGAGCAUAUUCUCGGUCUGUUUGGAUUAUAUCCUUCGAGUUUGUCAAAGUCAGUGGGAUUCGUUUCUCUAUCUGGGAAAGCUUCAUUGGUUUCUAUAUCUCCUGCUAUCCUAUUUCUACGAUCCUGGCAUGUUUAUUUUCCGCUGGAGUUCGGGUUUCGUGGAAAAAGUUGUGUUGAAUGAGAGCAUGUCGGCGAAAAUGGCAUCUCGUGUUUCCUACCUUGUAUAUUAUUAUUGUAGAUAUAGUGAAUUUUAACAAAUUACUGCAAAUUAUCACGAAACUUCGUUGGAGCAAUAAGGACAACAAGAAUUAACUGCAGAGUAAGUUUUAUUUAUCUUUAUUUAGUAUUUCCUAGAAAUUUUAGGAUGAUAUUUUUACCCCAUACAAACACUGUAAUUUUACUGGAACCGUACUGUGGUACUAUCACAGAGCCUGGGUUACCUGUGGUUCGACCAAGUACAACAUCUUAUAUCAUUUAACGCUUUCUGAAAAUUUUUAAGGCUUCGAAAUUCGGUCUCGGGAUUUUUUGGGGGUUUUGAUUGUAGCCCCCAUUCGAUCUUCCCCGUCACUUAAACUCCGGAGUACCCCACUGGGUGCGAAAGGUCUAGUGACGUGGAACAGAAUAGUUUUCUCUUUUUCAUUAGAGUCGCCUACAAUAAUUGUACAGCAGAGGAUUGAUGUUGCAUAUGAUGGUGGAAAGCCCAUAUGGAAAAAGCCAGCAGUAGUUUACGCCAGCGGUCCAGUGGCAUCUAUAGGGGUGAUUGUCACUGGAAUACGUAAGUAUACAGCUAUUGCGAGAAAGGUUGUCGGAAAAAGUGCACGCGACAAUCCCGAAAGGUAUUGUGGGUGGUUUUGAGUUCGCUGUUCUUCAAAGAAAUUUGAAACAAUGGCACAAGAGGCAGUGGACGUAUUUUUGCGCGUGCCAAAGGAAAGCAAUAAAAGAAAUUUUGACAGCUACAGUGUCAGGAACAGUGUAUUGAUCAUAUCCCAUAUUACCUUUCGGGAUUGUCGCGUGCACAUUUUUGCCGACAACCUUUCUCAAAAUAGCUGUAUCCAAAUUGGGAAAGUACCUGAGAAUGCUGAGAAAAAUGGUGUUGAUGGAUUUUACUUAUGACAUUACUAAUAUGAGCAAGGUUCAGGGGAAAGAAUUUGCGGUCUAGAAUAGUGACACCCUUCCACGUUUCUUUCAAUAACUUUCGACAAGGACCAGGAGACGAAAAUCUGUUAACAGCUGCUGCAAAAAGAGCCUUCAAGCUAGUAAAGUUGCCUAAUUUGAAAGUGAUUUGUUGAAAAAUAACGAAGACAUAGUUCUGCAAAGUCGUGAAUUUUUUACAGACGUUUGUUUUGUGGGGUGGGGUGGGCGGGGGGGGGGGGGUGGGGGGAUUUUUGUGCCCCUACCAUGCAAACGUAACUUGACAAGCUAGAAAUGUUUAGUACUUUAACGUCGUUAUUUUUUUCAGUAUCUUUAAACAUUCCCUUGAAAAAAAACUGUUCGGGGGUUUUUUUCUACUCCCACUCGUUUCUGAACNUAUUUAUAUUUCCAGCUGCAUUUUCUUUUCGCCAAUGACUAUAACUAACAACCAGCCGUUUUUUCCUCCACCAGACUACUCGCUGAUAUCAGGACGUUUGCGAGACACCUGGAGUCCUGGGUACUAGCUGCAACAGUUGAACUUCCAGAUUAUCUGAAAAUGGGAAAAGUCCAAGGUCAGUUGUUAAACCAGCUAGGAUUAUAUUUUCUGUAGUGCAUUUAGCAAUGAAAUGGAAACAGAUUUUCCGUUUCUUUUUUUUUUUUUUUUUUUUAUUUUUUGGUUGCCUGGGUACACCCGCUCCCCCCUUUCAAAAAAGUCGGGGGUUUUGUUUGGGGGGGGGGGGGGGGGGGGGGGGGGGGGGGGUAGGGGCAUUUCUGUGCCCCUACCAUGCAAACGUCACUUGACAAGCUAGACAUGUUUAGUACUUUAACGUCGUUAUUUUUUGCAGUAUCGAUAAACAUUCCCUUGAAAAUAAACUGUACGGGGUCUAUUCUCACAUCCAGAUCGAUUCGAACCUACUUACUUCCAAGAACUAGUUCUGCGAAUCUGGCGCUCUUCCUCCGGCCUUUUCCGCCUUUCUAAUUAUGUGUAAAGCCUGGAUCACGGCAAAAUUUUACUUAUCUAAGUAUUUCUUAUUCAUUUUAUGAACAGCAUACCUAAUGGCUGGGAUGCCAAGGAGCUACAUUUCCGACCGUAAAUGGAGCUUAUCAUAUUUGGGCCAAGUCCCUCAUUAUGAACAUGUACAGUUCAUGUCCAAAAGCUGCUCCAAGCUAGCUCAGCUUCGAGGCUAUGAUCACUUUGUUCUGAGGAACGACCAGUGUUAUUCGUCACAUGCCUUGCCAGCCAACGUUUACAAGAAACAAGACCUAAAUGCGGCACCAGAUAAAAGCCAACGGGAUUUUAAUGUCCCAUAUUUCCUUAAAGGAAUGAGUAAGUUAUUUAUCGCACUUUUAUAUGAAGGGUAAAUGUUGACUAGCGUUUAUGAUGAUGUGUAUAGGCAAGAGAGGAUAAAAGGGACACAGAAGGCAUCCUCCGUACACACCCUAUUCCAUAGGUAAUUCGUCUCGAGUUAUUUUUAAGAUCACAGAUCCCAAGGGGAAUUGGACAACAGCCAAUCACAUAGCGUGAAUGUGUUCCGCGUGGAUGAUCCACGCUCAGAGCCACGCGUCUUUCACGAAUUGAGGCAGAAAAAAAUGGCGGAAGACGCGGAGAGCGAUAUUGCUAUUCGUUUUGACGACGAAAACGAGAGAUUGCUGCUAAAGCUGUGUCAGCGAAACGAAAAUUAAGAAAGAAUCGCCUUUCAUCUCUUGCAUAGAGCUAACAGUACAGCAGGGAAAUCCUUAACACACUGAUUCUCUCAGGAUCAUUUAUAAUUUACAGUUUGAAGAGAGCAAUUUCUGGUUUGAUAUUUAUUCUUUCAUUAGUCUUUUAUUAUUGAACAAAAAUAACACUUGGCGUCCUAUAAUAAUAAUAAUGACGAUUUAAUAACUUCUAGAGCGCUAUUUACAUUCAUUGAUCAACAGCGCUCAACAACUUAAAAAACUACGAUAAAAUUCAAAUUUGUAAAACUAAUUACAUGUACAUGAAUAUUACUUGCUACUUGCUUUAUUGUACAAACGACCGGUUUCAACAGACCGGCGAAAUUUCUCAUUUUGUUAAAGCACUAACGUCACGAUAACUUCGAGUUAAACUGAUUUCACGGGUUGUCAAAGAGUCGAGCGAUCCCUUUUCCCAGGUGGGCGCCGACUCAUUUCGCUUCAAUAUUCAGAAAUGCUCUCGAUCUCUUUACGCUUUUAUUGCCCUUCGCCCGACAUGUUUUGCACGGCGUUUAGUCAUGUGAAUCCUUCACGAAACAUCCACGCAGCGCGCGAGAUAACUUUAUCACGAUUCUAAAAAUAACUCGAGACGAAUUACCUAUGGAAUAGGGUGUAUAUGGGGGAUGCCUUCUCUGUCCCCUUUAUCCUCUCUUGGUAUAGGUAAUAGCGUGAUUUGUAGUGAUAUUUGGCAUAAAUACCACGAGUGAUAUUUCAAAAUUGUUAUACGAAAUUUCACGAGCCGUAAUUAGGCGAGUGAAAUUUGAGACAAUUUCGAAAUAUCACAAGUGGUGUUUAUGCCAAAUAUCACGUACAAAUCAUGCUAUUAUUUGUUUAUACUACUACCCACAAAAAAUUUGUAAUUUUCACAUGUAGGUAUUUCAAAUUAAGCUGAAAUACCACUGCUCUAAGCCAAUCAAAUUGCAGAAAUUUCUCAUGUAGUAGUAUAAAGACCUUACUUACACGGGUCUGGACAAAUUUUUGUCUGGCGGGACCUGUGUUCAGACGGAGUCCUUCAAUAAUUGUGCUCGAACAAUUUAGCAAGUUGCAAGCCAAGCAAAUGCACCAACCAGAAUAAACUGAAUUUCAAACAGUGGGAACAGCUCAAAACUUUAAAAUAAGGCUAUAAAUAACACAUUAAAUAUAGCCUGCGAGCAAGCUCUCCAAUUUGAGCGAGCGAAGCGAGUCUCGCGAGAACGCGCGAGCGAGCGGCGAAGCCGCGCUCGGCUCCUCGCUCGCGCGUUCUCGCGAAGAUCGCUUCGCUCGCCCAAACAGGAGAGCUUGCUCGCAGGCUACAUCAAAUACAAAAAGAGGAACAGAUGGACAAACAUGAACUAGAUUAAAACGGAUUGAAAAUUGUGUCUUUGAAAACUUGUUAGCCUAACAGUUUUUUACACUUUAUCUUUGUUCUCUGUAACAGUUCAAUUUAAUGCUUGGGCGACAUACUCAGUUUGACAUGAAGCUGUGAUUUCACAAUUUGCCAGUGAAAUCGUCUGUAAAGUUAAGUUCUAUUCCGAAUAAGAACUUGUAAUUGCCAAUAUUAACAAAAUGAACUAAGCAGCCCCUUUCAUUGAAUGUCAUGGCUAUGUCUACAAUCUAGCGGAUAGCUCUUGCGGCGGCAUUAAAGCCAUAUCGGAUUGGGCUUGUGAUCGAGAAUGGUGUUGUAGGCGCGGUUUCUGUAACUAACGGAGCGAAGAGUAAACCGAGCUGAUCUUGAAAGUAGAUCGUCUUAUAUCGGGUAGCCAUGGGAUUCUGUGCCAUUCUUUGCUGCAGUUUGAAUACCAGGUGUUCAUACUAUACCCGAUAACUUGUCAUUUCGACAUGAAAAGCUAACCGGUACAGUGUAGAGAUAGCUUUAGGCGAUAUUGGUUAUGCCAAUGCCAAUUCCUUUGUUGUUAUUGACCAAAAACCAAUUGGCUAUUGCUUUAAGAACAUCAUAAAAGAAAACAAAAAUCACUAAAAAACAAACCGAGUAAAACAAAAUGACAAAGCGUAAUUAUAUAAUAACUUAAAAAGAAAUCGACGUUUCUUUGCAGCUGUAGAAGCUAUCUCAUCCCGCCAAUUGUGUUUACUCUUUGUUUUUUCAAUUUAGGGAAAUUUCAGUCAUAUGAAAUCGCUUGGUAUAAGCUGAAAGCCAACACCGUUAACCAGUGGAUCCAGAUUUUUAAGUAUCAGGUCAAAGAUCCCGAUCGUGAAACUUCACUAUUAUUCACCCUGGAAACAAUAGGCGAUGACCUUAAUUUUAAUUAUUUACGAGCUCGUGGACGAUAUCGAGCCUACGACAAGACCUACUUUGGUGAUUAUUUUUCGGCAAGUCACGUGCUUGAGAUCGAUAGACUGUCAACUGUUGACCUAGGAACGUACAAAGUGAUGGUUCGAGUUCUUGCCACUGGAGCAUGGAGCGAGGCUAUUAUAGAGUUACGGCAUGAAGGUGAGGCUAUUGAGUAGAGUCCAAUUUCCAUCUGCAGUUAUUAUAUUAAGAAUUUGUCAUGGUAACAGGACUGAGUGGAGUCCAAUUCGGUCUAUAAUCAUACGAGCGAUUAACAAAAUCGGACGACCGCGUAGCGGGAGUCAGAUUUGUUUGAUCACGAGGAUGAUUAUAGACCGAAAUUAAUUACCAAUUAACCAUAACUUCAACAAAAUUUGUGAUAUAUAAGGCUCUUCUAGUUAAUCAAAACACAAGAAAUUCCAAGAUUUUGUUGCUAGCAGUGACAAAAAUUCAUUUAAGCGCGCGCGUGAUGGCGCGUACUGUCCAGUUACUUAGGCAUGACGCGUGCUGUCUAUUAAGGCUGAAAUCAGGGCAGUUGAUAGCCAAUCAGUUUUAAGAAUUUUGUUAUAGUUAUGAUUAUGAAUUAAAUAGAACGGCCAGGCUCGUGAGAUCAAGUCCGAUUUGCUUAAUUGAAGGGUAUGAUUACAGGCAGGAAUCCAUGAGCGACACUUAACACACUGAUAAUAUAUCAGCAGUUUAAAGGACUUGAGUUUUUAUUGCCUUAAAGAAUUAAAGAAAAAAAGAAUCCUUUAGAGGCGUAUCCGCCCUGGUGUGCAAUAACCUCUGCUCGUAAUGCUUUGGCCAGGCAUUGUUCCAGUGUUAUAUUUUUAAACCGGAUACCGGGAUCGGAUUUCUGUGAACACUUGAAUAAGAGUAAAGAGGGAGAAAGUAUUGGACUCGGAUUUUUGUGAACUUCAACGGUCCAGUUAUAAUAGGUCUUUUGCAUGAGUUGACCACGUGAUCAACUUUCGGGCAAACACGAAAACAGUUUGCUUUUCAAAAAAAUUUUGUUCGCACGAACUGAAAGAGCAUAUUAAAAUUAGGUAACCUGAAAAUUUUCAGGCUUAUAUCUAAAAAAUAGCGAUUGCAAACGGCAAACGGCAGAUUCAGGUUGAGAAUUUCCAAAAAUAGCAAAUGAUCAGACAAAAACAGUUUAAAUCAAUUCUUAUGGAUGAAAAUAGCGUGAAACUACUAGAAUUAACGAACAGUCCAAGAUAUGUAAAGCUAAAACUUGGUCGCGUGGUACAAAUUCAAGUUUGCCGUCUGUCAUAAACGUGAAUCUUAAGUAGCCAACCUCAAAAACACCUGAAUAGACAACGCCGAAUGAAAAUACAAUGUAUACAACUUCUUCUAAUUCUUGUUCAUUUUAUUCAAAGGUAGUAACCAUUUUGUUAAAUUUCAUAACUUAUAGAAAACUCAUCAUUCACAAAAAUGGUGUUGGAUCACGAUAACUAUGUUUUAAUAAUUUGAAAGGAAAAUAUUGAAGACAGUUUCUUAAAUAUUGCAGAGGAACCUCGAAUUUCUCUUCCUGAAACGUUUGGUGCGUGCGCAAAAGCGUCUACGGAAGUAAAAGUCACAAUGAAUGAGAAAAACUUCCGGGAUCCAAAUGCAUGGAACGUAAAUUGGUAUCAUUGGCACCGCUGGUAUGGAGGGUGGAAACGAUCGCCUACUGCUCAAGGAUCUACUAUUCUAAGAGUACCAAAACCCCUCUUACGACAAACUGGAGAGUGGUAUGAGGUGGAAGUGAGGAACCAGUUUGGUUUUGCUAAAGGUGUUUCUAAGAUCAUAGUUAUUGAAGGUAAGUUGUCUUUUGUAUUAAGGCCGAUACACACGAGGGAUUUUGCUCCUGGAACAUGCUCCAGGGGCACGCUCCUGGAGCAAAGCUCCUCCGUGUGUACCAACAAUUUCAUGGCUAUACUUCAUCCUCGGGAGUAGAAUUUCCACCCCGCAAAAUGCUCCACGAUAUUUAACAGGUUUAAUAUUUGGGAGCAAGCUCCCGGAGCAAAUUGAGCGAACUUGAAAACGCUCCCUCGUGUGUACUGACACGUGCAAAAUGAACCUGGAGCAUGCUCCGGGAGCAAAACCCCUCGUGUGUAUUGGCCUUUAUGGUACGCUUUGAGAAUUUAUUUGACUGAAUUAAAAAACCAAAGCAUGCUAAAAGGAAGACAAUUUCGAUUUUUGAGUUCGCUUUCUGGUUUGUGGAAUUUCUUUUCAAUGAAAGACGCCUAACUGAUGUGCUAGUUUUGUUCUUUGACUUUCUUUGGGGUAUCCGAGUUUUAGCUUUUCUUCUCGUACUAUGGAUCAAUGAAGGUAGAUAUAUAAUAUUUUUAUAUAUUUUAAAGGCAGUUCUGAGGCAUUUGUAACCCACAUAGAUAGUGGUAUUUAAUGAAGAAUGAUCCAUAGAUCGUUUAAUAAAUGCUACUGCGUAUCGUGUAGACAAUUAUUAAAAAUACAGCAAUUUUCUAUACUUUGUAAUUUCAGAAUAUUUAAGUGAAUUAAUUUCGCCUAUGGGCUCCUUAAAAUCAGCUGUACAGUUUUUUCCCGAGCAAAGGUUGUCUAAUAACGACGAAUUUAUAGCUGCAGAUCUCGUUAUUCCCAUAAAUCGUGUUUCACAAAGCAAAACUUGAUACUGCGCUUGCUGUUACUGCUAUUAUUUGUUUAAACUUGCCUACAAGUAGAGCUCAAUGUUUUUCAAUAGCGCGAAGUGCGAGCGUUAGAUUUUUUAUGUUUUCUGCGGCAAAAGCCAGCGAGAGAGCGGAAGCUAGCGCUGAGGGCAACCACCGGAACCGGAAACGAGAAGCGAAGGACUUUGAGAAAGUCUAUCAUUUGUUUUAUUGUAGCGCCUUCAUACUAACGUCAUGUAGCAAUUACAUUUUAGAUGUCCCUACCAUAACCUGGAUUACGCAAUCACCCCACUUUGCAGCUAAGGAUGUGAGCGACGUUUUGGAGGUGAAAAUCGAAAAUGAUAAAACCUUGGUGAGAGUUGAUUGGUACCACAAUGGCACGCUCAUUGAAAGGACUACAGAAGGCUUCGCAUUUCCUGGUAAAACGGUUAUCGACGUAAGAUACUAACCUGAGAAAACAGCCUACAUUUCCCAACGCCUCCAACGGUUUCCUCGCGAAACGACGUCGGAGAAAUGAGCGGAGAAAUUCCAUACUGAUGACGCGUCACUACCCAGAUCUGGGUAGUGCUUCUGAUUGGUCGUGCCGCUUGUGAAAUUUGCUUCAACAAAUCAGAGGCACUACCCAGAUCUGGGUAGUGACGCGUCAUCAGUAUGGAAUUUGUGCGCUCGUUUCUCAGACGCCAUUUCGCGGGGAAACGGUUGGUGGCGUUGCUAAAUGUCGUCUGUUUUCUCAGGCUCACAUCAAGAUGUGCAAUUUCGGUUUUACUGAAACUGCAGGUCAAAAAAUGAUUAUGUAGUUUUAAGAACUUUGAAACGGUUUUUUAGGAGGACAAAGCCAAAUGUUUUUGCCUCAUUGACUCGCUGUGCCGGCAUAUUUUUGACCUAACAUGUCCCUUGACAUCAGAGCCGUAGACCUCACAUUGGUUAAUCAUUGAAAAUUCACUCUGAACAGGUGUUCCUUAACAACUAUUUAAACAUCGUUAAGUUCGUCAUACACAUGUUCUUUACAACUGAUCUGAAUAUUGUGUCUCUCGCAUGCUCUAUAGCUAUAAAGGAUCGGAGCUAGUCGGCAUGCCAUAACAGUAAUUAGGGCAUCACGGCCCGGUUCCUGAAAGGCCGAUUAGCACUAAUCCAGGAUAAGAAUUUUUUUCCACUUUUUGUAUUUACUUUCCUAUACAUCGCUCAGAGUAACAUUUUGUGUUAUCAUUAACUGUAUCCCAGAGUAAAAGCUCAACAGAAUUUUGUAAGCUUGAGUUACUUGUUCUAAGACAAGGAAACCAUGCUUAAAAUUUGGCUUAAUCUUGGUUUAAGCUUAACCGUCUUUAAGGAACCGGGCCCAGUAGCUGCAGUAUUAUAUUCUGAGUCUACGAGAAUCGCUGCUCCAUUCAAAUUCAUUUCUAAUUGUCGUAUUUCUCCUUUCGAUGAUAGGAGAGAAACAUGGGUCCACUUCAUUCCGAAAAAAACUUAAGUUAUCUCGAAUCUCGUUUGAGACUGCGGGCGCUUACCGAGUUGUGGCCAAAGGAAAAUACUGCCAGUUUGAGAAGAAUGUGGAAGUUCGUGUUAUAAGUAAGUACAGUAUCCCCCCUGAACCGAGGUUGGAUUUAAGGUAUAAUAUUAUAUUUGGUUUUGUUUGAACUGACCUGAUCUCGUGGCCCAUUUUUAAACUUUUUUCUGGAAAGAUGGGUGGAUAGGAAAAAAAUGCAACUAGAAAAAUUUAGAAUCGAUGGCUCUCCCUGAUGGAAUAUGGUGAGCAAAUUGGAACUCGAGUUCUGUCAUUCAGCUGCAAAACACCUGGAAAUAGAGUUUACUCCGCUGUUGAGGAAUAGAGCAAAUUGGCUCAUUACGCAGUCUGAAAUGAAGCCGAAACACACUACGUGCUGGUGGGAUCAUGAUCAAGUAUUGUUGUUUUGUUCAAACAAAUCUGACUCUGGAAGAGGCUCGUUAAUUAAAUUCAAGCUCUGUUUUAUAUUUUACUUUUUUGCUUUCCAGUUAGCCCGCGGUUGAUAGUCAAACCACACGCUGUAUAUCUAAGGUCAUUUGAGGGCGAGAGUGAAGUGAACAUGAAUAUAACAGUCAAGGGUGGUGUUCCAAAACCAAUGGUACGUAAGCUUACUGCUAUGCGGUGACGAAUAUAGACUGCUUGUUGUUGUUGUUGUUGUUUUGGAUGAAAUUAACAAACAAACCAACAAAGUCAUGGUUCGUUUUCCCUUUGAAACGUUUAUUAUCCGAGUUAUGCCCGAAUCAUCACCUUGGGGCAUUAUGCUAAACCUCAGUGUAACGCAAACUCACCAAAAAUGCUCCUAGCUUCGAUCAAAUAUAGACGCAGUAAAAUUUAUUGAGUCAAAAUAUAAUACUGUGAACACAGAUUGAAAAACUUUGGCACUUGUUCAUUAGCCUGUUCCAGGCGUUUAAAUCGUGGAGCGCGGCGUUUAGAUGGGGAGCGAGUUAAAUCGUACGCGGGCAAAACGAGGGGAAGAAAAGAAUCGAGGGGAGACAAGUCUUCCCAAUUCGUUUUCUUUUCUCCUUGUCAAUUUUCUUGCCCGAGCUCUACUAUCUAAACGCCUGGAACAGACUACUUGUUGACUGCAGUAAUAUUAAAAAAGAUGCAACCGCUUUUGAAUUACCCUGCGAGCAGAGUCUAUCUAGGAAGAUCGAAGGAGACUCUUUUGAAUUGACAAAGAUAUAAAGUCUUGUUUUGUUUCAUAGUUGUAUUCGUAAACUUAUAGCAGCUUUUUAUAGGAGGCUUAACUGAACUUUUAGCGUUGAAAAUUAGAGCCGAGGCUGGUUUACGGAGGGGCUGACUUUUGAUACUGUAUAUCUACAGUUGGAAGACAUGGAAUGGAAAAAGGGAAGUCAGUUAUUGACCCCUUCUCGAUACGGACGCGUGAUACUGGAGACGUCCCUGAAUAAAAAAGAGGAUUGGUUCACUGUUCUUAUAAUUAGAAACCUGAAGGAAUCAGACUCUGGAGACUACACUUUCACUGUUAAAACAGGACCAGCAACUAAAGUGAUGACAAAAAGCUUGGUUGUAAUUCCUAAACACGGUAAGGACUGGACUUGCCACAGUGAAAUCCGGAUUUUUCGAAUCUUUUUGGGAAACUGCUCAUUUUCACUGGUUUUAACUUCGGCAAACUAAAUUCUUUUAUUGGCAAAAUCAGGAACACACAGACGGCUCCUUAAUAGUUUUACUAAUAUAGCACUUUUCAUGACUUUUAUACCAAUUGAUUCGAAUGAAACGGACCGAACCGAAAAGUUUUUCGGGUUUAACCGAUUGCAAACCGUUCUUAAACAAAAGUGGGGAGGAAAUUCCAUGAAUCACCCUUUUUACUUCGCUCCAUCUCAUUUGUAGCGAUUGUUUUGCUUUAGUUUAUGCUAGGCAACUCCCAUAAGUGAAAUUUAAGUGCGCGGGGAAACACUUCGGAAGUUCCUUUUCGUCUCCUUAUCAGUCUUCUGCUUUCUUUACCCCUAGAUGUACGCCCCUUAGCAAUACCUCUGUUCUUAACGAUACCUACUUAGCGAUGCCCGUGUGCUUCAUGUUUAACGAUACGUGACUUAGCAAUACCUGUGUGACCCUAGCAACAAAGAAAUUUGCUGUUUCACCCCUAAAUGAGACGAAAAGCAUUUCGAAAGCUUUCAUAAACAGCUAUGUGAUAAUGUCCCGUGAAUCGAUGACCAGUUGACAAGUGCACGCGCCUGAUACCUCUGGCAAUUUGUGACACAUCCAAUUGACUUAUCAAGUCUCUUUUAGUUUUGUUUUACUUUUUUUUUUGCAGAGUACUUUUCGAGAAAAAAUGAUGACACCACGACCACCACUGACUCUUCCAUACUGGAAACCUUGCCCACUUCCACGCCAAGUUCAGCUAGUAGUUUUUGUCCAUGGUCCACCAUGGUUUUGAACAUUUAUUCUGUUCUAUUGGUAAUAGAGUACCUCUGUUGUUAUUAA